AUGCACUUGCGAGAUGACGACGAUACUAGCCAGUGUAAUUCGAGAAACUCCAAUGGCUCACGACAUACUCAGAGUAUUCACUCUCGAAAUGACUCAUCAAAACGAUUCACGCCAGGAGAUCCGUGUGUGGUAUGUGGAGAUGCGGCAUCCGGAAUUCAUUAUGCGGUAGCGGCAUGUAAUGGCUGCAAGACGUUCUUCAGGAGAGUGGUUCUGGAGUGCAUUACAAUCAGAGCGGGAUUACAUACUCUACUAGUUACUCUUUUAAUGCGAUUCUAUUGUCCACUGCAAUUUCAGAAUCGAACAUAUUCCUGCAAAAACAACGGUGAUUGUAUUAUCGACAAGAAUAUGCGAUGUUCGUGCCGGCAUUGUCGAUUCAAAAAGUGUAUAAGGGUUGGGAUGGAUCGAAGUGGUAGGUGUGUUUACGUUUCAUUUGGUCAAAUAAAAGACAAACGACGAAAACUGAAUGUGGAACGUAGGCGUAAACGGAAAACACGUCGAGAUACCGAGCAUGGUGAUGAUAUUACCGAAGUUGAAAUCACCGAUCCACUGAUAGAAUUGCUUAUUGACAAGGAAACAAAGUACGUGACCUAUGCUGCGACUCCGAUGCCUGUCGGUUAUUCCACGAAUUUCUCCUACUGGCGUGCAAAAAUCCUGUCGGUGAUAGUCGAAUGGGCAAAAUCUUUUGAGGUGUUCAGUCGUCUAGCUCUUGACGAUCAAAUGCGGCUUAUAGUGCAUUCAUCGUUCUCCAACCUUGUGCUAGCCGAAGCCUUCAAUACCCCAGAAAAAUAUACUGACCGUAUUGUUUUCCCCGAUGGCCUUAGUGGGUUCCGAAGCCCGUCGGCGAACGCCUUGAAAGAGCGUAGUGGACUGAUCCCGACUGUUGUCGCAGUCAUUAACAAUAUUUUGGUUCCCAUUCGUCGGAUGAAGAUGACCAAAAUAGAGUAUUUACUGCUCCAAGCUGUCCUUUUUUAUGAUCCUGAGUGUUUGUCUUUGUCUGAGGGAGCACAACAAUUGAUAGCUGCUAAACGACGUCGCCUUCUCGACUCCUUACGGUCUCAUCUGGAUAAAAAGUUUAAGGACCAGUCAGAAAGUGCCUCUCGAUUUGCUGAAAUCUUGUUAAGGAUAAGUAACGUACAGAAAGUAGCGGCAUUCAAACGUGAGACGUUGGUCACAAUAGAGACGUUCAAUUUGAUGCAGCCACAUCCAUUCACUAUGGAAAUUUCGAAGAAGUAUCCGGACGUGUCAUUUUUCUAG